AAACGCCAGACCAUCCGACAGAUUAUUAUUUAUUCGGCUCAUUGGUCUAAUACAAUACACUACACUUAGACUAAAAGUAGCCUAAUAAAUGAUGGAAGAAUCAUCAGAAAAUGUGUUUCAUUUUAAAGAUGAAAAACCAACUCCAGAUAUCAUAAAUGAUUAUCCCAGUUCAUUGCAUGAUAAUGGUGUGCCACUAGUAAUCGACAAUGGUACUUAUCAAUGUCGCGCUGGCUGGGCCUGUGCAGAUAACCCAAGUCUAAUUUUUAAAAACCUCACUGCAAAACAAAAAGGGAAAAAAAAUCAAAAUGAAGUUGAAACACUUUUAGGAAAUGAUAUAAUGAGCAUGGAGCCAGCAAAAUGGAUAUUGAGAUCACAGUUUGAUAGGAACAUUGUCACUCUUUUUGAUAUUCAGGAGCAGAUGUUUGAUUAUUUGUUCUCUCAUCUGGGGAUUACAACUGAAGGAUGUGUUGAUCAUCCCAUAGUGUUAACAGAAGCAGUGUGCAACCCUAACUAUACCAGACAGUUGAUGUCAGAGCUGUUAUUUGAAUGUUAUCAUGUGCCUCAACUGUGCUAUGGAGUAGAUUCUCUCUUCAGCUUUUAUUAUAAUCAUCCAAAUCCAGAGACUGCUGAUGCCCUGAUUGUUGACUGUGGCUAUCAGGCAACUCACAUUCUGCCUGUGUUGGAUGGAAGAAUUUACCCAACCCAGUGUCGCAGAAUCAACAUUGGCGGUGGCUAUGUAGACUGGUUUCUACAGCGUUUGCUACAGUUAAAGUAUCCAGGCCAUGUAAAUGCUAUUACCAUUAACAGAGUAGAGGAAAUGAUAAAAAACCAUUGCUACAUGGCCACAGAUUUCCUCUCGGAACUAGCCCAGUGGGACGACAAUAACUACUUUGAAAAAAAUGUUAGAAAAAUGCAGCUUCCAAUGGCACUGCAGGCAGCUGUUUCACAAAUGAAUGCAGAACAACAGAAAGAAAGAAGGAAACAGCAGAUCUCACGUCUCCAGGAGGUAAACACUAAGAGAAGGCUUGAAAAGCUGCAGUCUGAUGAAACAGAGCUACAAAAGUUGCUGGAGAUCCAAGAAUUAAUUCUUACAGAGGAAGAUGAUGAUGUUGUAGUGGGAGCAUUAUCUGAAGUGGGUUUAAACAGAGUUGAGGAUUUGCAAGAGGCUGUUGACAGACUUUCAGCUAGCAUUCAAAGAGCCAAAGCAAAGAUCUUAGGACAAGAACCUGCACCCAUUGAACAAGAGAGCAAAGAGCCCUCCUUUCCUCUGUUGGACAUACCAGAUGAAAUGUUGACCCCAGAUCAGCUAGCAAUUAAAAAACGACAAAAAAUCCUCAAAAGUGCGAGAGAAGGCAGAAAAAAGGCUUUGGCACUUCAGAGGGAAAAAAGACUGAAGGAAAAGGAGGAAGAAAAAAAACUUGAAGAAAGAAAGAGGGUAGAUUUCAAUGGGUGGCUAAUGGAGGUCAGGGCCAAGCGACAAAAAAUUUUAGAUUCUCGUAAUGCAAGGAGACAGAAGAAAUCUGAUAUGACAAAAAGAAGAACCUAUGCCUCGCAACAAAGAAUGAGAAUAAUAUCACAACUUGCUGCACAGCCUUCCAAGAAGGGAGACAACUUUGGACAAAAUGAUGCAGACUGGGAUGUGUAUAAAGAAAUUAAUCGAGAAGGUGGAACCAGCGACUCUGAUGCCGAAGAAGAAAAGUUGGAAGAGUUGGAGACAAUUUUAAAAGAACAUGACCCUGAAUUUCAAAAAGAUCUGGAUAUGGGAGGACUCUCAGGAGAAUUUGAUGUUGCUGAGUACUACAGACUCCAUCUGGGUGUUGAGCGGAUGAGAGUUCCAGAGCUUCUCUUCCAACCCUCCAUGCUAGGACUUGAACAGGCUGGCCUGACUGAGACAAUGGAAUUUAUCCUGGGAAAACUCAGUGCAGACAUUCAAGACAGAGUUGUGAAGUAUGUGUUUCUAACUGGAGGAAAUGCCAACUUCAUAAACUUUAAGGAUAGAAUCGAUAAAGAAUUGUUACAAAUGAGACCUUUCCAAAGCUCUUACAACAUUUUUUCUGCAGCCAAUCCAAGUUUAGACGCCUGGUAUGGUGCUCGUAAAUUUGCGCUGUCACCCCAGUUUGCAAAUAGUUGUAUCACAAGAAAAGAGUAUGAAGAAAUGGGGGAAGGCUAUUUCCGUGAACAUGUGGCAUCCAACAAAUAUUUCCCAACACCUAUAGUUACAACACUUUGAAGUUUUGUCUUGUUACUGUUAAUUCUGGUUUUUUUUUUAAUUACACACUUUGUACUGUAAUUGUAAUAUAAUAAAUGUAGCUUUAAAUU